UCAAGUUUCUUGGCAGUCCCUAUCAAAGAAUAGUCAAAACUUGGACAUUUUUACUUUGACCGUUACAAGGCACAUGUGUUCAUAAUAGAGCCAACUUUGAUUCUUUCUUUAAAUGAAGGAAUGUGUGAUAGAGUGAGGGAGUGGUCACUGAUCCUCACCUUUUACCACCUGCUUUCUUCUUCUAAUCCACAUGAGGGAUAACAUGACCAUGACUGCUACCACUGAUCAUCAAUGGAUGCAGUUCUAUCAGCAACCUCUAAUGGAUGGUAAUGCCCGUCAUCAUGAUCAUGAUCAUCAUGACCAUGAUCAUGAUCAGUCUUUGGCACCAAACACAGAUGGGUUCUCUGAUGCAACUGUGAUGACAACCAGUCCACCUCUCACCAUGCCCUCAUCAGAGAGCAAUAGCAUCUCCAACCAAUUGACACCAAAGGGUAAUGUAUGCAAACCGAUAAGAAGAAGGUCUAGAGCUUCUAAGAGAACCCCUACCACACUCCUCAAUGCCAACACCACCAAUUUUAGAGCAUUAGUACAACAAUUCACAGGGUGUCCUAGCACAGCCAUGUCAACACUAGGGGUCCAUAAGGGUCCUAUUACCUUGAACUUCCAAAAAGGAAGCAGUGAACACAAGAUUCACCAUAACACAACUACUACACCGGUGCUACCGUUUAGUGGUAGAAGCUACAACAAUAACAGCAACAACAAAAACCAACUUCAUCAUCAAGUGCCUGCAUCACUUCCUUGGCAGAAGCUGGAGGAACAACAACUACCUCAGCAGCAGUUGUUGCAACAACAGAGUGGUUACUCGUUUGAUUAUGUGAAGAGCAGUGGUUUUAACUCGGUUAGCACCACUACCAUGGAUGUCUCUGACGGUUUGCUCUUGGAUAAUGAUUUUAGCUUGUCUGAUCUAACUAUGAAUGCCUUCCCCAAUGAUACCUUUUAUAAGAAUGAAUUAUAGAUAUAUUUCAUGCCAUAAAAAAUGUUUAGUCAUAAAAGGGUUCAGUUAGUGAACCCUGUCGAUAUCAGAAAACAAAGUGGACUAGUUAUAUCCAGUUCAUAUGUAUACAUGCUUUUAUAGAAACAAUAAUUCAUAAAUCCUUUAUGCGUUAGUUUCCAAA